GGGGGCUCCGUUAAUAUUUAAUCAGGUAGGAUCAUCCGAUAGGGCUCAGGUGGCGUGAUCUCCCUGACCCUGGGCGUCGCGCACCCACACCCCGGAAGGUUUCCGCCGCGGCGUCGAGGCGCGCGCGGCUGCAGGCGGGCUCAGGCUCAGGUCGGGUCCGAGCCAGGAGGGGCGAGCCAGGCAGUGAGACGGCCCGGGGCCGGCAAGCGUCUCCUCGGCGCAGCCCCGAACCGGGAGGCCUGGAGCCCGGCCCAGCGCGCGUCCCCGCCGGGGCCCGAGUCCCGAGCUCGCAUCGGGCUCCCCGCCGCGAGGCACAGGCGCUGCGGGUCUGGCCCGCGCGCCGCCCCCGGGUCUCCCCGCCCGACGCAAACCUCUCCUCUCCCCGCGAUGGGUACGGGCAGCUCCCGGCGGCCGUGGUGGCCGCCGCUGCUGCUGCUCCUGCUGCUGCUCCUGGGACCCGCGGGCGCCCGCGCGCAGGAGGACGAAGACGGCGACUACGAGGAGCUGGUGCUCGCCUUCCGGUCGGAGGAGGACAGCUCGGCUGACACGGCCCAGAACGUGGCCACCGCCACCUUCCACCGCUGCGCAAAGGACGCCUGGAGGCUGCCAGGCACCUACAUGGUGGUGCUGAAGCAAGAGACCCACCGCUCGCAGACGGAGCGCACCGCCCGCCGCCUGCAGGCCCAGGCCGCCCACCGCGGCUACCUCACCAAGAUCCUGCACGUCUUCCACGACCUUGUCCCUGGCUUCCUGGUGAAGAUGAGCGGUGACCUGCUGGAGCUGGCCCUGACGUUGCCCCACGUCCAGUACAUUGAGGAGGACUCCCUCGUCUUUGCCCAGAGUAUCCCGUGGAACUUAGAGCGGAUUCUCCCUACGCGGCGCCAGGCGGAUGAACACCACGCUCCUACUGGAGGUGGCCUGGUGGAGGUAUAUCUCUUAGACACCAGUAUCCAAAGUGGCCACCGGGAAAUUGAGGGCAGGGUGGUAGUCACUGACUUCGAGAACGUGCCCGAAGAGGAUGGGACACGCUUCCACAGACAGGCGAACAAGUGUGACAGCCACGGCACCCACUUGGCAGGGGUGGUCAGUGGCCGGGAUGCUGGCGUGGCCAAGGGCGCCAGCCUGCGCAGCCUGCGUGUUCUCAACUGCCAAGGGAAGGGCACGGUGAGCAGCACACUCACAGGCCUGGAGUUUAUUCGGAAGAGCCAGCUGGCCCAGCCGGCGGGCCGGUUGGUAGUGCUGCUGCCCCUGGCAGGUGGGUACAGCCCGGCCCUCAACGCCGCCUGCCAGCAGCUGGCCGGGACGGGGGCAGUGCUGGUGGCCGCUGCCGGCAACUUCAGGGAUGACGCCUGUCUCUAUUCCCCGGCCUCAGCUCCCGAGGUCAUUACUGUUGGGGCCACCAAUGCCCAGGACCAGCCGGUGACCCUGGGGGUCCUGGGGACCAACUUUGGCCGCUGCGUGGACCUCUUUGCCCCAGGGGACGACAUCAUUGGUGCCUCCAGUGACUGCAGCACCUGCUUCACAUCACAGAGUGGGACGUCACAGGCUGCCGCCCAUGUGGCUGGCAUCGUGGCUAGGAUGCUGACCGCUGAGCCGGAGCUCACCCUGGCUGAGCUGAGGCAGAGGCUGAUCCGUUUCUCUGCCAAAGACGUCAUCAAUGAGGCCUGGUUCCCCGAGGACCAGCGGGUGCUGACCCCCAACCUGGUGGCUACACUACCCCCCAGCACCUAUGGAGCAGGUGGGCAGCUGUUCUGCAGGACCGUGUGGUCGGCGCACUCGGGGCCCACGCGGAUGGCCACGGCCGAGGCCCGCUGUGCUGCCCCUGAGGAGCUGCUGGGCUGCUCUAGCUUCUCCAGGAGCGGGAAGCGGCGGGGCGAGCGCAUUGAGGCCCGAGGGGGCAGGCGCAUCUGCCUGGCCCACAACGCGUUUGGGGGUGAGGGUGUCUACGCAGUUGCCAGGUGCUGCCUGCUGCCCCGGGCCAACUGCCGUGUCCACACGGCUCCGCCAGCUGGAGCCGGAGUGCAGACCCAGGCCCGCUGCCCCCAGCAUGGCCAAGUCCUCACAGGCUGCAGCUCCCACUGGGAGGUGGAGGACCCUGGCACCCCCAGGCGGCCUGUGCUGAGGCCACGGGGUCAGCCCGACCAGUGUGUCGGCCACAAGGAGGCCAGCAUCCACGCUUCCUGCUGUCACGCGCCGGGUCUGGAGUGCAAAGUCAGGGAGCACGGGAUCCCGGGCCCUGCAGAGAAGGUCACCGUGGCCUGCGAGGGAGGCUGGACGCUGACCAGCUGCGGGACCCUCCCCGGGGCCUGGCCCGCCCUGGGGGCCUACGCGGUGGACAACACGUGUGUGGUGAGGGGACGGGACAUCGGAGCAGGAGGCAGGACGGGCGAGGAGGCCACCGUAGCCAUCGCCAUCUGCUGCCGGAGCCGGCCCUCAGGGGAGCAGGCCUCCCAGGAGGCCCAGUGACCGCCCUACCCAGGACGCAUGCAUGGGGAAGGGGCCAGGGCCUGGGGGCCGUGGUCCCAGGCCUCGGCUGGGCUUUGAAGUGGUUCCUCCUUCCCCCUUCCUCAGCCUGGACCCCAGGGAAGAGGAUACCUCUUGCUUCUGGAGCUCUCGC